CAGACGCAUCAUUUUGCUGUAGCAAAGAUGGCUUCCUCGAUGAGCGGGAUGUUUCCAGGUCAGCAGCCACCAGGCCCCCCUCCUACCGGUGCUCCGGGUGUACCGGGACAGUCUGGGCUUCUUCCUGCACCCGCCGGGCCAAGGAACCCGAACAGUACCCUGGUGGAUGAUCUGGAAGCUUCGUUUGAGGCAUGUUUUGCGUCCCUUGUGAGUCAAGACUAUGUAAAUGGUACUGAUCAAGAAGAAAUUCGAACAGGAGUUGACCAGUGUAUUCAGAAAUUCUUGGAUGUUGCCAGGCAGACUGAGUGCUUUUUUCUGCAGAAGCGAUUACAGUUGUCUGUACAGAAACCAGAGCAGGUUAUUAAAGAGGAUGUGUCAGAAUUAAGAAAUGAACUCCAGAGAAAGGAAGCCUUGAUUCAGAAACACCUGAGCAAAAUCCGUCACUGGCAGCAGGUGAUGGAAGACAUUAACGUGCAGCAUAAAAAGCCAGCAGAAGUUCCUCAGGGCCCACUGGUGUACCUGGAGCAAGCUUCAGCUAACAUUCCUGCUCCCAUGAAGAAAAAUUAAAUUAUAAUGCAAACCACUACUUUCUUUACUCUUUCCACAAUGUGUAAAUAUUUUGAAUACUGUUUUGUAAGAUUAGAAUAAAGUUAUUGCUAUGAAA